AUGUCUUUUAUAUUUUAUAUUGUGAUAUUCAUUCGCUCGAUUCCAUCUCUGUUCAGUGAGCGUGAAACCGGUCAUUCUUUCUACCUUUCUCUUUCCAACUCUCUCUCUCUCUCUCUCUCUCUCUCUCACCCUCUCUCUCUUCCCCCCUUUCUCUCUCCACCUAUCUCUUUCUACCUCUAUCCUUCUCCUUCCACCUCUCUUUCUUUCCACCUCACUCUUAAUACCUCUCUCCCUCUCCUUCAACAUUUCUCUUUUCAUCUAUCUCUUUCCACCUCUAUCUCUCUCUCUCUCUCUCUUUUCACCUAUCUCUUUUCACCUCUCUCCCUCUCCUUUUCACCUCUGUCUUUCUACCUAUCUCUUUCCCCCUCUCUUCUUUCCACCUCUCUCCCUCUCCUUCCCCUUUCUCUUUCCAUCUAUCUCUCUUUUUUCCCCCUCUCUCUCUCUCUCUUUCCACCUAUCUCUCUCUCUUUUCACCUCUGUCUUUCUACCUCUUUUCCACCUCUCUUUCUUUCCACCUCUCUCUUCCUGCCUCUCUCCCUCGCCUUUCACCUUUCCUUUCCAUCUAUAUCUUUCCACCUCUCUCUCUCUCUCUCUCUUCCACCUAUCCAUUUUCACCUCUCUCCCUCUCCUUUCCCUCCUCUUUCUACCUACCUCUCUUUCCCCCUCUUUUCUUUCCUCUCUCCCUCUCCUUCAACCUUUCUCUUUUCAUCUAUCUCUUUCCACCUCUCUCUCUCUCUCUUUCCACCUAUCUCUUUUCACCUCUCUCCCUCUCCUUUCACCUCCGUCUUUCUACCUAUCUCUUUCCACCUCUCUUUCUUUCCACCUCUCUCCCUCUCCUUCAACCUUUCUCUUUUCAUCUAUCUCUUUCCACCUCUAUCUCUCUCUCUCUCUCUCUUUCCACCUAUCUCUUUUCACCUCUCGCCCUCUCCUUUCACCUCUGUCUUUCUACCUAUCUCUUUCCACCUCUCUUUCUUUCCACCUCUCUCCCUCUCCUUCCACCUUUAUCUUUCCAUCUAUCUCUUUCCACCUCUCUCUCUCUCUCUUUCCACUUCUCUCUCUUUCCAACUAUCUCCCUCUCUUUUCACCUCUGUCUUUCUACCUCUUUCCACCUCUCUUUCUUUCCACCUCUCUCUUCCCACCUCUCUCCCUCUUCUUUCACCUUUCCCUUUCCAUCUAUAUCUUUCCACCUCUCUCUCUCCACUUCUCUCUCUUUCCACCUAUGUCUUUUCACCUCUCCCUCUCCUUUCACCUCUGUCUUUCUACCUAUCUCUUUUCCACCUCUCAUUCUUUCCACCUCUCUCUUCCCCCCUCUCUCCCUCUCCUUCAACCUUUCUCUUUUCAUCUAUCUCUUUCCACCUCUCUCUCUCUCUCUCUCUCUCUCUCUCUCUUUCCACCUAUCUCUUUUCCCUCUCUCCCUCUCCUUUCCACCUCUGUCUUUCUACCUAUCUCUUUUUCCUCUCUUUCUUUCCACCUCUCUCCCUCUCCUUCCACCUUUCUCUUUCCAUCUAUCUCUUUCCACCUCUCUCUCUCUCUCUUUCCACCUAUCUCUUUUCACCUCUCUCCCUCUCCUUUCACCUCUGUCUUUCUACCUAUCUCUUUCCACCUCUCUUUCUUUCCACCUCUCUCCCUCUCCUUCCACCUUUCUCUUUCCAUCUAUCUCUUUCCACCUCUCUCUCUCUCUCUUUCCACUUCUCUCUCUUUCCACCUAUCUCCCUCUCCUUUCACCUCUGUCUUUCUACCUAUCUCUUUCCACCUCUCUUUCUUUCCACCUCUCUCUUCCCACCUCUCUCCCUCUCCUUUCACCUUUCCCUUUCCAUCUAUAUCUUUCCACCUCUCUCUCUCCACUUCUCUCUCUUUCCACCUAUGUCUUUUCACCUCUCUCCCUCUCCUUUCACCUCUGUCUUUCUACCUAUCUCUUUCCACCUCUCAUUCUUUCCACCUCUCUCUUCCCACCUCUCUCCCUCUCCUUCAACCUUUCUCUUUUCAUCUAUCUCUUUCCACCUCUAUCUCUCUCUCUCUCUCUUUCCACCUAUCUCUUUUCACCUCUCUCCCUCUCCUUUCACCUCUGUCUUUCUACCUAUCUCUUUCCACCUCUCUUUCUUUCCACCUCUCUCCCUCUCCUUCCACCUUUCUCUUUCCAUCUAUCUCUUUCCACCUCUCUCUCUCUCUUUUUCCACCUAUCUCUUUUCACCUCUCUCCCUCUCCUUUCACCUCUGUCUUUCUACCUAUCUCUUUCCACCUCUCUGUAAUUGCGUGCGUUCUCAUUUAUAUUCCAGCCUUCUUUAA